AUUCCACUUUCCGGCCGGAAUCCUGCCUUGAAUGAGGUCCUGGGGAUCCGCCCACAUUUGCUGGUGUUGAAUAAAAUGGAUUUGGCAGAUCUGACCCACAAGUCGAGAAUUCUGGAACUUUUGGAACAGCAAGGUUUGCAGCACGUUGUCUUCACUGAUUGCUUAACAGAUGAAAAUGUCAAGAAGCUUGUUCCCAUUCUCACAGGACUGAUCAAAAACAGCCAGCGCUAUCAGAGGGCGGAGAAUGUGGAUAACAACAUCAUGGUGAUCGGAGUGCCGAAUGUGGGCAAAUCCUCAGUCAUCAAUUCACUGAGAAAGCUGCACCUCGGGAAAGGAAAAGCCGCGCCAGUUGGUGGGGCACCAGGUAUAACCAGAGCAGUUCUGACCAAGAUCCAGGUGUCUGAAAAGCCCCUCAUGUACUUGCUGGAUACUCCUGGGGUGCUGUCCCCCCAAAUUGAGUCCGUUGAGACAGGGCUGAAGCUGGCACUUUGUGCUACGUGGAGCGUUACGGGCUGAGCGGCCCCUGCGAUGAGGUGGAGAGCGUCCUCAAAAGCAUAGCACGGCACCUGGGCAAGGUGCAGAAGGUCCGGGUCCUGACAGGCACAGGGAAUGUGAACGUCUCCAUCCCGAAUUACAACGCAGCAGCCUGUGACUUCAUCUACGCCUUCCGCAAGGGGCUCCUGGGGAAGGUGAUGCUGGAUCAAGGGGGCGAGGGCCUCGCCUGACCUGGCCCUUUUCCUCUGGGAAGCCCCCGGGGCCUGCCAGGAGGAAGGAGCCGCACUGCCUUUGAGGAGCCCUUUGGCUUUCUUCAGAAGCUCAGCUGGGUUGGGCCUUGCAACGUCCAAGGGGCCAUUACAGCCGGGCCUUUUGGGGGGCGAGAGGUGAUGCAAACUCCCUUGGAAGAGUCUCCCCUUGGACCUCUUCUACGACUCAUCCUGGAUCAUUGGGUGCCUGUUUUCCAAUCCUCCGUGCCGUCUCUUGCCUGGGGUGAUGAAGCAAUAGCCGGAGAGAUCUAUUGUUUGCCUCCCAUUUGAUUGCUUUGUGACCUGUUCAAAACACACAAGGCCAGGUUCACAAAUGCUGCCAUCCUACAAUGAAAUUAACACCCUGUUGCAAAUUAAACUACUGCUAUCCCGUGUUUUGUAACACAGCUGCAUCCCAUAGUUUGGCUUCCCUUUUUGGAUAUUACGAAUAAACAAUUUUAAGAUUGCUUUUCCAUUGGCAUUGCACCAACUUCCCUCCUGCCAAGGAAGAAAGAAAGAAAACAUCAGGGAUGCAGAAGACACAAAGCAUAAAAGCGAGAAUAAGAUGAAGAUGUGAACUGACUAAUGAAGGAGAGAAACACCAAGAACUAAGGAGACAUUUCCCGACAGUGAGAACAAUCAACCAGUGGAACAGA